UGAUAAGUUGAUAAUAUUUUGUGCUAUUUGUAGUAGUAGUGUAGUGUGUAAAUAAAGCACUACAUAAUAUUAACUCCAUCCCAUACUUGAAUACAAACCGAAUGAUUUAUUGAUGUGUUGGAAGUUUCAAAAUUCGACACUUGACAGUUGACAGACUACACUGCACGGCUAUACUACGGUUCAGAUUCGGUUUUUACAACGAUUACAUACUGCAAAUUAAAAUUCAUAAGUCUAAAUAAUACUAGAACAAUUUUUAUUUUUCAACAGUAAUUUUAUAGAAGUUAAAAAUAUGUCAACUGGAAAACGUCUAAGUCCUAACGACCCAGGAUCUUAUUCUUUACCUGAAAAAGUUGCUGUUACUCAUAUUGAUAUAGAACUUGAUGCGGAUUUUGAAAAUGAAAAACUUAAAGGAUUUGUUGAUUUGAGCAUAACUAAAAUUGACGAGAGCUGUGAUCAUAUUAUUUUGGACAAUAUUGAUUUGAAUGUGAUAAGUAUUAAGAACAAAGAUGAUGGAUCAUUGCUAGAUUAUAGUAUAGGUGAUCGCUUAGAAGUAUUUGGUUCCAAACUUGAAAUAAGAAUACCAUCUAUAAAAAAGAGUAUCAUACGAAUUACUUAUGAAACAUCUAAAACUGCCUCAGCAUUACAGUGGCUUACACCCGAGCAAACUCUUGGCAAAAAACAUCCAUAUUUAUUUAGUCAAUGUCAACCUGCUCAUGCUCGAUCCAUGCUACCUUGUCAAGAUACUCCAUCAACAAAAUCUACAUACACAGCAAAAAUUACAGCUCCUAAACCAUUAACAGUAUUGAUGAGUGCAGUUCCUUUAGAAGUAAUUGACAAUGGAGAUACACGCACAUUCUUAUUCGAACAAACUGUUCCUGUUCAGUCAUAUUUAAUAGCCAUAGCUAUUGGCAAUCUAGUCAGUAAAACUUUAAGUCCUAUAUCAAAAGUUUGGUCUGAACCUGAAGAAAUUGACAAAGCUGCAUAUGAAUUUGAACAAACACCUGAAUUAUUGAAAACUGCUGAAAAUGUAUGUGGUCCUUAUGUUUGGAAAAUUUAUGACUUGCUUGUUAUGCCACCUUCAUUUCCUUUUGGUGGAAUGGAAAAUCCAUGUUUGACUUUUGUCACUCCCACGCUACUGGCUGGAGACAGGAGUCUGGUAAAUGUUGUGGCUCAUGAAAUAGCACAUAGUUGGACAGGCAACUUGGUGACAAACCGUAAUUUUGAACAUUUUUGGAUGAAUGAAGGAUUUACAGUUUAUGUGGAACGCAGAAUACAUGGACUAUUGUAUGGCGAAAGUUCUAGAGAAUUUGCUGCACUUGGUGGUCUUGAAGAUCUCAAACAAUCUAUUGAUAAUUUAGGAGCACAAAAUCCAUUAACCAAGUUAGUAGUUGAUUUAAGUGGCAUUGACCCAGAUGAUGCAUUUUCUACUUGUCCUUAUGAAAAAGGUCACACAUUCUUAUUCUAUUUAGAAAAGCUGUUAGGAGCUGCCGAAUUUCAAAUAUUUUUCAAAUCCUAUAUUGAUAAAUUCAAGUAUAAAUCUGUUGGUACAGAAGAUUUUAAAUCAUAUUUGCUAUCUUAUUUCGGGGAGGAUAGUGCUACCUCACAAAUUGAUUGGGAUUUAUGGCUGUAUACUUGUGGUAUGCCUCCAAUUAUACCUUCGUAUGAUACAACUGAUCAAGAUGCGUGUGUCUCUUUGUUAAACCGCUGGGAACAAUGGGAUGGCAUUGGUGACAAUUUUAAGAAGUCAGAUUUGGAUCAAUUUCAAACAACACAAAUUAUACAAUUUUUAGCAUUGGUUUUGAAAUCGAAUCACUUUACUUUGUUAAAAGUAAAAGCUAUGCAAGAGGCUUAUGAUUUCAACAGUAGUGGUAAUUGUGAAAUUUUAUUAAGGUGGCUCAGAACUUGUGUAAAAUUCAAGUGGAUCGAACAAUUGGAACUCGUAUAUAAAUUUAUUAACACCACAGGAAGAAUGAAAUAUGUUCGUCCUUUAUAUAGGGAUCUUUACUCUUGGGAAGAAACACGAUCAAAAACAAUAGAGAAUUAUGAAAAAAAUAAAAUGAGUAUGAUGUAUGUUUGCCGUCAUACUGUGGCUAAAGAUCUACAUUUAAGAAAUUGUUAAUUAAUCUCAAUUAUAUUUGUGUUCAAUUUUUUUUAUUAUCGAUGCAUUUAAUUUUUAAUUAUUAUCAUAUUAUUGUUAUCAUGAUAUUAUUUAAAUCAAAUUGUGGUAACUAACAUGUUUUAUGCAUUAAAAAAUUAGUAAAAUCUAAUUUUUCAAUAUAUGAUGGAAUUCCUAGUAUAUUUUUAAUAUUUGAAAUAUUAAUAAAAUAAGAUUCUUUUUAAGCUGAUAA